CCCCCACCCUGUAGUUUCACUGACUAUGCGUUGACAGAUUCUGCCAAGUUCUACCUGUCACUGGUUCAGUUUUCCAAGUCCACUAGUCGGCUGCUCUAUCCCUACGACGAGGAGUCAUGCCAGCAGGACACAUGAGUGUCCUUCUGGGGCCCAUGGAGGCCAGGACGGAGUUGAGACCGCAGCUGUUGAGACCCUGAGUCCUGGGUUUGUGUCACUCAAGGAGGGCCUCCCUCUGCAAUGACCUCCUCAUUCUUCCUGGUUGUCCUUCUCCUGGCUCUAACCACAGUGGCCACUCCCAGAGCUGGCAAUCAGUGUCCAGCAUGCGGGGGGCCCACCUUGGACAUGGAGAGUCAGCGAGAGCUGCUUCUCGACCUGGCCAAGAGAAGCAUCUUGGACAAGCUACACCUCAGCCAGCGCCCAACGCUCAGCCGGCCAGUGUCCAGGGCUGCCCUGAGGACCGCACUGCAACGCCUCCGGGGGCCCCCAUCAGGGGCACUUCCUGAAGACCACAGGGGACAGGAAUAUGAGAUCAUCAGCUUUGCCGAGACAGGCCUCUCCAGCACCGACCGGACUCGUCUUGAUUUCCACUUCUCCUCUGACAGAACUGCUGGCAGCGUGGAGGUCCAACAGGCCAGCCUCAUGUUCUUUGUGCAGCUUCCUCCCAAUACCACCUGGACUUUGGCAGUGAGAGUUCUUGUGCUAGGCCCACAUGCCACCAACCUCACAAUGGCUUCUCAGCACCUGCUGGUGGUAGAUGCCAGUGGCUGGCACCAACUCCUCCUGGGGCCUGAAGCUCAGGCUGCCUGUAGCCAGGGGCAUCUGGCCCUGGAACUGGUACCUGAAGCCCAGAGUUCAGUCAUCCUUGGUGGACCUGCCCAUAGGCCUUUCGUGGCAGCCCGGGUGAGAGUUGGGGGCAAGCACCGGGUUCGCCGACGAGGUGUCGAAUGCCAGGGAGGGUCCAGGAUGUGCUGUCGACAAGAAUUCUUUGUAGAUUUCCGUGAAAUUGGCUGGCAUGACUGGAUCAUCCAGCCCGAGGGCUAUGCAAUGAACUUCUGCACGGGGCAGUGCCCAGUACAUGUGGCUGGCAUGCCUGGCAUUGCUGCUUCCUUUCACACGGCAGUGCUCAACCUACUCAAGGCCAACACAGCUGUAGGCACCACUGGAGGGGGCUCGUGCUGCGUGCCCACAGCCCGGCGCCCACUGUCUCUGCUUUACUAUGACAGGGACAGCAACAUUGUCAAGACUGACAUACCUGACAUGGUGGUAGAAGCCUGUGGGUGCAGUUAGUCUAUGAGUGGUGUGGGCAACCCAAGGUGGGCCAGGCAAACAUGCCCUCAUGGAGGUGCCCCUCCUUGAGAGGAGAGAAUGGCCCCAUUACUGCCUCUGUCCAGAAUGGAGAGUCCUUCUUCUUGAACAAUCUAUGGAAAUUAUCCUACCUUUGACUUAAGGAGCUCUACAUUUAAAGACUGUCAUACCAUCUUCAUGACCACUGACCUCUCUCCUUGGGCAUACUCUGUCCAGCAUAACCCUCUUGUGUAACCUCCACAGCCGGAACUCUGAUCCACCUCCAACCAUGAAUAGUGACUUCUGGUUCCCAGACAAGACACCCUUAGCUCACCUUUUAAAUUUUGUUUUAAUUUGCCAGAGGGUGCCUGCAC